UCGAGUACCUCAAUCCACUUACAAAGUCAUGGCCAACCCGCGAGCAGCUUAUUCCCUCAUCCUCCACUUUAGUACGUUGUUUUUGGUACAGUCUUGCAUGUUUAACGUCUUUGCUAAUGCUACAAUUCUCAACAUUAGCACAGAUCAAUCUGCUCUUCUUGCUUUGAAAGAUCAUGUUUCUUAUGAUCCGCAUCAUGUUUUUACAAACAACUGGUCCACCUCUACUUCUGUUUGCAAUUGGGUCGGUGUCACUUGUGGUUCUAAACAUCUCCGAGUCAAAGCUUUAAACCUUUCCUACAUGGGCCUUGUUGGUACCAUUCCCCCGCACAUCGGGAACCUUUCGUUCCUUGUUAGCCUAAGCAUAAGCAACAACAGUUUUCAUGGCUCAUUGCCAACUGAGUUGUCGCGUCUUUAUCGGUUGGAAUCCUUAAACUUUCGAUACAAUGAAUUGGGUGGAGAAAUUCCAUCUUGGAUUGGGUUGCUAACAAAACUUCAAUUUUUGGAUCUAUCUCGUAACAAAUUCGGAGGUACGAUUCCACCAUCUCUAUCUAACAUAACUUCGUUGCAAGAAUUUUCACUUGCAUAUAACCAACUUUCAGGAUCCAUACCUUCCUCUAUAUUCAACAUAUUUGGCUUGCAGAAAAUUAUUCUCAGCGGAAACAAACUUACGGGUCCGAUGCCAUCCAUCUUGGUCAACAUGUCUUCGUUGCAAUACAUUUAUCUAACCGAUAACAUGUUGGUUGCUACACUACCAAUGUACCUCUUUGAUCAUCUUCCUAACUUACAAGUUAUCUCUUUGAGUAGGAAUCAUUUUCAUGGUCAACUUCCGUCCACUUUGUACAAGUGUAAACAGUUACAAGCUUUAUCCCUUUCCGUGAAUAAUUUCAAUGGAAGGAUAUCUCCGGAAAUAGGGAAUUUAUCCAGGCUUACAACGUUAUAUCUUAGCCAGAACAACUUUGAAGGUCCAUUACCAAGUGAAAUUGGUAAUCUCCAGAAUCUCGAGUUUUUUACCACCUCAGAAAAUGGUUUUGUUGGCCCAAUUCCACUCGAGAUCUUCAAUAUCUCAAUGAUACAAACUAUUUCAAUGGGGUUUAACAAAUUUUCAGGCCAUCUUCCAUCAGAUAUGGGCCUCUUCCUUCCAAAGCUCAAAAUACUCGGUCUUCCAGAAACUAAAUUGAGCGGAAGAAUUCCCAAUUCCAUCUCCAAUGCUUCACAACUCACUCGCCUAGACUUGAGUCGUAACUCAUUGUCGGGCAUAAUUCCCGAAGCAAUUGGUAAUUUAAGGUUCCUCGAGUGGCUCAACCUGGAAUUUAAUAAUUUGACCAUGGGAAGUCAAGAAUUGAGUCUUUUGAUCCUUUACUUAGCGAAUUGCAAAAAUCUUAGACAAAUAUCUUUUUCAUCAAAUCCGCUUUAUAGCUUCCUUCCCAAUUCUGUUGGUAACCUUUCUCUCUCUCUUCAAGGAGUUUACCUAUCUUAUUGCCAUAUUAAGGGAAGCAUUCCGGCAGAGCUUGGGAAUCUAAGUAGUUUGAUUACUUUGGAACUAUCCAACAACGAAUUGAAAGGACCUAUUCCAACUACAUUAGGAAGAUUGCGCAUGUUACAAGCUUUGUCCCUUGGAGCUAAUAAACUAGAGGGUCAUAUCCCGUCUGAUCUUUCUCAUCUAAAGAGCUUGUAUGUCUUGUCUCUAGAUAGCAAUAAGCUUUAUGGACAUAUUCCAACAUGCAUAAGCAAUCUAACUUCCCUAAGAUCUCUCUACUUAGGUUUCAACCAAUUAACUUCCACAAUUCCUUUGAGCUUUUGGAGCCUUACAAAUCUCUUGGUGGUUGACCUGUCAUCUAAUUCAUUAACUGGCAUUCUUCCACUAGAGAUUGGAGAUAUGAAAGUCCUAAGGAUAUUGAAUCUAUCAAGAAAUCAACUAUCAGGGAAUAUCCCAAUAACAAUUGGUGGCCUCAUAUCCCUAACUAAUCUCUCUUUAGCAGUCAACCAACUAGAAGGUUCAAUUCCAGAGUCUUUUGGUGCACUCUUAAGCUUGGAGACCUUAGAUCUUUCCUGCAACAAUUUCUCUGGAAGAAUUCCCAACUCCUUUGAAGCACUUUUGCACCUAAAGUAUCUAAAUGUCUCUUUCAAUAAUCUACGAGGGAAAAUUCCUACGGGAGGUCCAUUUGUACACUUCUGGUCUGCUUUGUUUAUCUCAAAUGAUGCGCUUUGUGGUGCUCCUCGAUUACAAGUUCCUCCAUGCGACGAAGGUUCUCCUCGCAAAAAAAAGGCCAUAGCAUCGUAUCUACUAAAGUAUUUAUUACCAGCAAUUGGAUUAGCGAUGCUUGUAGUGGUUUCUUCAUUAGCUUAUAAAUUAUGUAAAAGAGAGAAUCCUGAGUUUCCACAGCAGACAGAUUCAUACAAUUUACCUACAUGGAGAAGAAUUUCUCACCAAGAACUUGUGCUAGCAACAGAAAGAUCUAGUUUAAACAACUUACUUGGUGAAGGGAGUCUUGGAUCAGUAUACAAGGGAACACUUUCAGAUGGGAUGAAUAUUGCUGUAAAAGUUAUAAACUUGCGAGUAGAAGGGGCACUUAGGUGUUUUGAUGCAGAGUGCGAGAUAUUACGAAAUGCUCGUCAUCGCAAUUUGGUCAAAAUAAUUAGCGUUUGUAGCAACAUCGACUUCAAGGCCCUUGUAUUGGAAUACAUGCCAAAUGAGAACUUAGAGAAGUGGUUAUACUCUCCUGAUCGUUGUUUGAAUUUCUUACAAAGGCUGAAGAUAAUGAUUGAUGUCGCAUCAGCAUUGGAAUACCUUCAUUAUGGUUACUCAGCAGUUAUUGUUCAUUGUGACUUGAAGCCAAGCAAUGUCUUAUUAGAUGUGGAUAUGGUUGCACAUGUUGCUGAUUUUGGCAUCGCCAAACUCUUAGGUGAUGAGGAUUCUAUGAUGCAGACCAUGACUCUUGCUACUUUCGGGUAUAUGGCACCAGAGUAUGGAUUAGGAGGAUUUGUUUCUACAAGAGGAGAUGUGUAUAGUUAUGGCAUUCUACUCAUUGAGACUUUUACAAGAAAAAAACCUACAGAUGACAUGUUUGCAGGAGAAAUGAGCUUGAAGCAUUGGGUAAAGGAAGCAUUGCCCAUUUCAACGAUGGAUAUUGUUGAUGCCAGUUUGUUGGGAAAUGAAAGAUAUUCUAUUGCCUUGGAGGAGUGCAUAUCUUCAAUUAUGGGAUUGGCUUUAGAUUGUUGUGCAGAGUUGCCUGAACAAAGAACUAACAUGAAAAUUGUUUUAGCCACGCUGAAGAAGAUCAAAACAAAGUCUUUAAGAGAUAUUGUUGAAGGCACUGACAUCAACCUUGUGUUUGUUUAAAUGUUUUCAUUAUGUCUUUUUUAAUGAUAAAACAGUAUUGAGAUUGCGAAGAAGAGACAUGAACUUGUACUGUUGAACUUACUGUUUAUGGUA